AUGGUUAACUUGAGCCAAGCAGACAAGUUUGAUGGAAUGGAUACAGAAUGGACGAAUAAAAUGGUGGAGUGCCCAGUGUAUCAUCCAUCUAAACAACAAUUCGAAGACCCUUUGGCUUAUCUACAAACCAUUGCUCCAGAAGCUUCAAACUAUGGCAUUUGCAAGAUCGUGUCGCCUCUGAGUCCCUCUGUUCCUGCCGGAACAGUGCUGAAGAAGGAGACGAGAGAUUUCAAGUUUAAGACGAACGUGCAGCCUCUUUGUUUGGCCAAGUGGGGUGCCACUGAUGGGGGCGGAAGCUUCUUCUUGAGAGGAAGAUAUUACACCCUCCGAGACUUUGAGACUAUGGCAAACAAGGCAUUUGCUCGGAAGUACUGUGUCUCGGGCUGUCUUCCUUCCUCGUUCGUGGAAAAGGAAUUCUGGAAAGAGAUGGCUCGUGGAAAGAAAGGAACAGUCGAAUAUGGGAUUAAUGUCGAAGGCAGUGCCUUUUCGCUUGAUCCUCACGAUGAGCUUGGGAGAAGCAAAUGGAACUUGAAGACACUGCCACGCCAGCCAAAAUCAGCAUUACGGUUGCUGCAAACUGCCAUCCCGGGAGUGACAGAUCCGAUGCUUUACAUUGGCAUGUUAUUCAGCAUGUUUGGAUGGCAUGUGGAAGAUCAUUACUUGUAUAGUAUCAAUUAUCAUCACUGUGGGGCUCCCAAGACUUGGUACGGGGUCCCCGGUCAUGCAGCUCCCGAGUUUGAGAGAGUUACCCAGCAUUACAUGGACAGGGGGAGUGGAGAAGAUCGAGCUUUCGACAAGCUAAUGGAGAAAACCACCAUGUUCCCCCCAAACAUUUUGGUGCAACAGGGCGUCCCUGUUUGCAGGGCUGUGCAAUGGCCAGGGGAGUUUGUGAUCACUUUCCCCAGAUCAUACCAUUCUGGAUUCAGCCAUGGCUUCAACUGUGGUGAGGCAGUGAACUUUGCCUUCGGUGACUGGUUUCAGUUGGGCUCCGAAGCUAGCAUGCGCUACGCGCUUCUUGGCAGGACCCCAAUUGUUCCUUACGAAGAACUUCUCUGUAAAGAAGCAGUGCUGCUUUCAAAGUCCUCAAAUCAGGGCGAUACACAUACAUCUCUUAUGGAUUCGACCUCUGCCCAUAGUGUCAAGGUAGCUUUCGCAUUCUUGAUGCGACUGCACCAAUGCGCCUGUUGGGUUUUGAAGAGAUUAGGAGCCACCAUAACAGUUCCUCCAAACGCUCAAGCAACUGUUUUCUGUGCUCUCUGCAAGAGGGAAUGCUAUGCCGCCUACUUUACAUGCAGCUGUCAUGGCAGCCUCAUUUGCUUCUUUCAUGAGAUUGAGCUCUACAACUGCCCUUGUCAGAGCAAACGUACGAUUUUUGUACGAGGUGAUAUGUCGGAAAUGGCAACCGUAGCUAAGACCUUUGAGCAAGAGGCACAAGUAUUGCAGGCGGUUGAGCAGAAAGUUAAACAAGAGGGCCAAUUUUGGAUGCAGAAUAUGAAUAUAAUUCCUAGCAUCAAAGACAAAUAUCAUCCCUAUUGCAAGGAUGAGUCUGAGCAGCAUCAGGAUCUUGAAAGAUUAAACAGGCUGAGAAGAACCCACAUUGUCCAGGUCGUGGAGAAUGGGGCAAAGUGUAGAAGGCGGCGGCGGGCCAGACCGGGGAAGAAAACCAGAAAGCCGGCAGCCUCAAGAGCUUGA